CCAAAGGCUAAAGUCUGGUAAUAAAAAGAUUCCCAGAUCCAUAAUGAGGCGUUGAUGAAUCAUCAUCGAUUGGAUUAGGAGGAAGCUCUAAGAGAGUGAGAUCUGGGCGGGCUUCUUCUAUGAGUGAUUUUCAGAGAUCACUUUCGGUGCGGUUGAGCCGCCGGGGAGAAAGGAGUAAUCAAUCUUAUAAAGAUGAGGCUGAUGCCUUCUUCUCUACCAAUAGACUCCAUACAGAUUACGGAAUAAAAACAAUAUGGAAGGCAGGAUUCAUACGACUGUUACUAGUAGGAGGCAUUCUGUGGAUGCUUCUCAUUCUUCUUGCCCUCCUCUUUCAUGUUUGGUCUUGUCAAUCCUCCCUUUCCUUCUUCUCUGCCAUUUGCAACAAAGAAGGCAGACUCUAUGUCGUUUUAGACACCAUUGGCUUUGUACCUAAACCACAACACCGAUGCCCAAUUCCGGUAGCGUAUGACCCUGAUAAGGUGCUCAUUCCCACUUCAAUAACCCCUGAUACUAUAGUCACCAAUCUUACCUACAUUACAGAGGAUGAAUCCUCCAACUCUCAGUUUCCUCUCUUUGGCGGCAACAUUACCUGGUCUCAACGUCAAGAAAGUUUUAAUCUCAAACCCGACAUGAAGGUCCAUUGCGGGUUCAUGCCAGGUGGUGGCGCUGAAAUGUCAUCUCUGGACAAACAAUACGUACAGAAAUGUAAAUUCGUGGUUGCCACUGGGAUUUUCGAUGCAUAUGAUCAACCCCACCAGCCUUCCAACAUUAGCGAACGCUCCAAGAACCUCUUUUGUUUCCUUAUGGUUGUUGACGAGGUCUCUCUCGAUUUCUUAAGAUCAAACACCACUGUGAAGAAAGAUGUUCAAGGAGGAGGCGAAUGGGUUGGCAUUUGGCGUCUGAUUUUACUGAAAACUCCUCCUUAUGAUGAACCUAGGAGGAAUGGUAAAGUCCCCAAAAUCUUAACUCACAGGCUAUUCCCUCAAGCACGCUACAGCAUUUGGAUUGAUGCCAAAAUGGAGCUUAUCGUUGAUCCCUUGCUUAUGUUAGAAAGGUAUUUGUGGCGUGGGAAGCAUACCUUUGCCAUUGCUCAACACAAACAUCACCGAAACAUAUAUGAGGAAGCUGAUGCAUGCAAAAGGAGAAAGCGAUAUGCCCGUCCUUUGGUUGAUCUUCAGAUGAAAAUAUAUCGGUACGAGGGUUUAGAACCAUGGAGCAUCAAGAAGAGCACUGUUAGUGAUGUUCCAGAGGGAGCGGUGAUAAUAAGAGAACACACUGCAAUGAACAAUCUGUUCAGCUGCCUGUGGUUCAACGAGGUACACCUGUUAACACCGAGGGACCAGCUAAGCUUUGGGUACGUAGUGGACAGACUAAAAGGAGCCUUCAAGGUAUUCAUGUUCCAGAACUGUGAGUACAACUCUCUCUUUGAAUUGCAUCCUCACAUCAGAGAACAUUCCUCAAAGAUAGAGUGGGUGAAGAGUCUUAAGGAACUGAAAGGGAAAGGAGAGAGUUUGAAGGAAAGCAGAGGAGGCUUUGGGCUAUGGACUCCAUACCCUGGGGAUCUGGAUUCCGUUGAGCUGCCAAAGGUAGUAAGAACUUCUAAAGCUGGUUGAGGCAUUGUGCUUUUGUUUGACUGUGUUUCUCUGGUGGGGGUUAAAUUCCAAGUUUUACAACCUUUGUUAAACAUGCACUUGUUUAUUUUUUCUUAAACAUUUUUGUAGAGAUUGAAUAUUCAAUAGUGUAAAAGAAAGAAAACAUGAUCAGCAUAGCUAAGUCUAACUGAAUGCGUCCAAUUGUUUUCCUAUUUUUUUGUAUAGAACAACAAGAACACGAAUUAUGAAAACAAUUGUGAUUUUUUUUAGAGUAACAAAACUACCACUUGGUCCCUUUUCCCCAAUCAAUAAUAAUAAUAAUGAUAAUUAAAUAUAUAUAUAGAUAUUAGUUUACACAGCACAUCUUGUUUGGAAAUAAUAGAGGGUCAGGAGGCGCCAGGAGCCAGGCUGUUGUGAGGAAGGUUCACUCCCGCGCCUCUCACUGAAACUGCCGGUCCUCUAGCUCUGCUCACUACAAGGCUUGCGUCGAAGAAGACAACUAUGACUGUAAUGUCAUCGUGGAAAUGCCUUCUAACACCUCUGUCAAUCUUUUUAAGGUCUGAGUACCUCAUCUCUCUCUUCUUUGCCGCUUCUUUAAGCGCCACUUUCACCAGCCUCUUUGCUAUCCCCUGCCCAACCAACAACAACAACUGUUACUACCUCACAACAUCAAUAAUAUGUCUCUAUAUAUGAGUGUUCUCUCACGUUACGGGGAUGAUUGUGGACA